AGAGACCACCUCCUGAAAGAAGCCGAGAUAUUGCACAAAGCCAGGUUUAGUUACAUUCUGCCAAUUUUGGGAAUUUGCAACGAGCCUGAAUUUCUGGGGAUAGUGACUGAAUACAUGACAAAUGGGUCAUUAAACCAGCUAUUACAUGGGAAAGAUGUAUAUCCUGACAUUCCCUGGUGCCUGAGAUUCCGUAUUCUUUAUGAAAUUGCUUUGGGAGUAAACUAUUUGCACAACAUGAAUCCUCCAUUGCUGCACCAUGACUUAAAAACCCAGAACAUUUUGCUGGAUGAUGAGUUUCAUGUCAAGAUUGCAGACUUUGGCAUGUCCAAAUGGCGUGUCAUAUCCAUGUCCCAAUCACGAAGUGAAUCCUCUUUGCCAGAAGGAGGGACCAUUAUCUACAUGCCACCUGAAGAUUACAACCCCAGUCAGAAAACCCGGGCAAGCGUGAAACAUGAUAUCUACAGUUAUGCAGUUAUCAUGUGGGAAGUGAUGUCAAGGAAACAGCCAUUUGAAGAAGUUAUAAACCCCUUGCAGAUAAUGUAUAGCGUGUCACAGGGACAGCGACUAGACUUAAGUGAAGAAAGUUUACCAAUAGACAUUCCUCAUCGAAUGCUUGUCAUAAGAUUGAUGGAAAGUGGAUGGGCACAAAACCCAGAUGAAAGACCAUCAUUUUUAAAAUGUUUAAUAGACCUUGAGCCAGUUCUGCGAACAUUUGAUGAAAUAGCUAUGUUGGAAGCAGUAAUUCUGUUAAAGAGAUCAAAGUCACUAUAUGAAUCACGAUGUAUUUACAAAAGUGGAAAGAAAGCAAAUGUGGAUCAGAUAUCUCUAAAUAUACCUCUGAAUCCCCCAAAGGAAACAUAUUCUGGCUCCAUACAGUGUGAUGCACUUCCCCUUCGAAGCAUCUCUCCAGAUAUAUCAAAAAUCAAGUCUGUUCCCCAGUGUAAUAUCCUCUCACCAGAUGGAAGUUCUGUGGGUCUACACUCUCUCAGCAGCCAGAGCACAGAUGAAAAUAUCUCUGUGACACAGAGUGCGAAACUUCUUGUACAUCCAUACAGUAAUGCUCCCUCAUCUGACAAGAGUAUUUCAGAUGCUUCAAAUUCUGCAUCAUGUAUGCUGCAGUCAUCACCAAUUCCUGCAGAUUUUAUAUUGGAAACCAUACAACAGAAUGUAGCUCAUCAAUGGAUCCAAAGUAAAAGAGAAGAAAUCAUUGAUCAGAUGACUGAAGCAUGUUUGAAUCAAUCACUGGAUGCUCUUCUAUCAAGAUAUUUGCUCAUGAAAGAAGAUUAUGAACUUAUAAGCACCAAACCUACAAGGACAUCAAAAGUACGACAACUGCUUGAUACUUCAGACAGCCAAGGAGAGGAGUUUGCCAGAAUUAUAGUACAAAAGUUGAAAGAUAACAAACAGCUAGGACUUCAGCCUUAUCCAGACAUUGUAUCUAAUUCUCAAAGACUGCAUCUUUAA